CCACCGCCACAGCCAUCUAGCUCCACUCCAGUCAUCUAGCUUCGCUUCGCUUCCCACCACGCCAUGGCGUCCAAGCCCGUGGAGAAGCACCACUCCAUCGACGCGCAGCUCCGGCUCCUGGCACCCGGCAAGGUCUCCGAGGACGACAAGCUCGUCGAGUACGACGCCCUCCUCAUCGACCGCUUCCUCGACAUCUUCCAGGACCUCCACGGCCCAAACAUCCGUGAAUUCGUCCAGGAGUGCUACGAGGUGGCGGCGGAGUACGAGCGCGAUCGCGACGCCGCGAAGCUGAGCGAGCUCGGGUCCAGGCUCACCAAGCUGUCCCCCAAUGACGCCAUCGUCGUGGCGAGCUCCUUCUCGAACAUGCUCAACCUAACAAACCUCGCGGAGGAGGUGCAGCUCGCCCACCUCCGCCGGAACAAGCUCAAGCGCGGGGACUUCGCCGACGAGGGCUUCGCUGCCACCGAGUCUGACAUCGAGGAGACGCUCAAGCGCCUCGUCACAGAGCUCGGAAAGUCCAAGGAGGAGGUCUUCGACGCGCUCAAGAACCAGACCGUCGACCUCGUCUUCACCGCCCACCCCACGCAGUCCGUCCGAAGGUCGCUCCUCCAGAAGCACGCCAGGAUCCGGAACUGCCUCACGCAGCUGUAUGCCAAGGACAUCACGGAGGACGAUAAGCAGGAGCUCGACGAGGCUCUGCAGAGGGAGAUCCAAGCAUGUUUUAGAACAGACGAAAUUCGGAGAGCACAACCAACCCCACAGGAUGAAAUGCGUUACGGGAUGAGCUAUUUUCAUGAAACUAUAUGGAAGGGUGUCCCAAAGUUUUUGCGACGUGUGGAUACAGCUCUAAAGAACAUCGGGAUUGAUGAGCGUCUCCCCUACAAUGCUCCUCUCAUUCAGUUCUCUUCUUGGAUGGGUGGCGACCGCGAUGGAAAUCCAAGAGUUACGCCAGAGGUGACAAGGGAUGUAUGCUUGCUUGCAAGAAUGAUGGCGUCAAACUUGUACUUCUCUCAGAUAGAAGAAUUGAUGUUCGAGCUCUCUAUGUGGCGCUGCAAUGACGAACUCCGUGCUCGAGCGGAAGAACUUCACGCUUCUUCACAGAAAAUUUCCAAGCAUUAUAUUGAAUUCUGGAGGCAACUUCCUGCAAAUGAACCGUAUCGCGUGGUGCUUGGUUAUGUGAGGGACAAAUUGUACAGCACACGCGAACGCUCGCGCCAUCUGCUAACUAGUGGAUUUUCUGACAUUCCGGAGGACUCGGCCUUUAAGAAUGUUGAAGAGUUCCUGGAGCCCCUUGAGCUGUGCUACAAAUCCCUGUGUGACUGUGGUGACAAGACCAUCGCCGACGGGAGCCUGCUCGACUUCAUGCGGCAGGUCUCGACGUUCGGGCUCUCCAUGGUGAAGCUGGACAUCCGUCAGGAGUCGGAGCGUCACACCGACGUGAUCGACGCGAUCACCACGCACCUCGGCAUCGGGUCCUACCGCGAGUGGUCCGAGGAGAAGCGCCAGGAGUGGCUGCUCUCCGAGCUCCGCGGCAAGCGGCCACUGCUGAGCAAGGACAUGCCCCAGACCGAGGAGAUCGCCGACGUGCUCGGAUGUUUCCACGUCCUCGCCGAGCUGCCCCGCGACAGCUUCGGCCCGUACAUCAUCUCCAUGGCGACGGCGCCCUCCGACGUGCUCGCCGUCGAGCUCCUGCAGCGUGAGUGCCACGUGAAGCAGCCGCUGCCCGUGGUCCCGCUGUUCGAGAAGCUCGCCGACUUGCAGUCGGCGCCGGCGUCCAUAGAGCGGCUCUUCUCCCUGGACUGGUACAUGAACCGGAUCGGCGGCAAGCAGCAGGUGAUGGUCGGCUACUCGGACUCCGGCAAGGACGCCGGCCGGCUGUCGGCGGCGUGGCACCUGUACAAGGCGCAGGAGGCGAUGGCGAAGGUGGCGAAGCGCUACGGCGUGAAGCUGACCAUGUUCCACGGCCGCGGCGGCACCGUCGGCAGGGGCGGCGGGCCGACUCACCUCGCCAUCCUGUCCCAGCCGCCGGACACCAUCAACGGGUCCCUCCGUGUGACGGUGCAGGGCGAGGUCAUCGAAACCUCCUUCGGCGAAGAGCACCUCUGCUUCCGGACGCUGCAGCGCUUCACCGCCGCCACGCUCGAGCACGGCAUGCACCCGCCGGUCUCCCCCAAGCCUGAGUGGCGCGCGCUCAUGGACGAGAUCGCCGCCGUCGCCACCGAUGAGUACCGCUCCGUCGUCAUGAGGGAGCCCCGGUUCGUGGAGUACUUCCGGUCGGCUACCCCGGAGACGGAGUACGGCAGGUUGAACAUCGGCAGCCGGCCGGCGAAGAGGAAGCCGAAGGGCGGCAUCGAGUCGCUCCGCGCGAUCCCGUGGAUCUUCUCGUGGACGCAGACGAGGUUCCACCUCCCGGUGUGGCUCGGGUUCGGCGCCGCGUUCAAGCACGCCAUGAAGAAGGAUAUCAAGAACUUCCAGAUGCUCAAGGAGAUGUACAACGAGUGGCCAUUCUUCAGGGUCACCCUGGACCUGCUCGAGAUGGUCUUAGCCAAGGGAGACCCCACCAUCGCCGGCCUCUACGACCAGCUGCUCGUCGCCGACGAACUCAAGCCAUUCGGGGAGCAGCUCAGGAACAACUACGUGGAAACAGAGAAGCUUAUCCUGCAGGUUGCUGGGCACAAGGAAAUCCUUGAAAGCGAUCCCGGCCUGAAGCAGCAGCUGCGGCUGCGCGACCCCUACAUCACCAUUCUUAACGUGUGGCAGGCCUACACCCUGAAGAGGAUAAGGGACCCGAACUUCAAGGUGACGCCGCAGCCGCCGCUGUCCAAGGAGUUCGCCGACGAGAACCAGCCGCGCGGGAUUGUGAAGCUCAACCCGGCGAGCGAGUACGGGCCGGGGCUGGAGGACACGCUCAUCCUCACCAUGAAGGGCAUCGCCGCCGGCAUGCAGAACACUGGCUAGGGUGCUCUGCUUCGCUCGCUGCAGAGUGCUGUAAAGGCACCAGCAUGUGGAUGUGUUUCUUUAUGAUUCACACCUUGGCUUUCGUUCAUGUUUUCUUUUCGAAUAAGGCUUGAUGUAAAGAUCAAGUGGAACUUCUUGGCUGUUUAAGCAUUCUGUAAUUCUGUAAUAAUAUAAAGACCACAAACUAUUGGCAUGUUAUAUUUAAUAAAGAUAUUUAUUCCAAUAAGAUACCCCCUGCUCAA